UCAAACAGGCAACCACCACACACAAUUUAUUUUCUCCACGUCAAAAGUUAUGGAGGACACAAAAAAUUAUCCAGGACAACCCUCCACAACAUCAAAAUCUUGGGUCUCGUUCUCAGCUAUAGUAGCAGUUUCGUCCUCAGCUAUAGUAGCACUUGGUGCAAUUGGUGUUGCUGUUGCAAUAGGAAUUCAGGUCUUCAAGCAUCAAAAUCAUGAUAAAGAUCAUUAUAUGGGUCAAACAGGUGUGAUUCAGCUGGGCAGAUUUACAGAAGAAGAAGCAAAAGCAGUUCAAAUCAUCCAAGCAAUAUUUGGGAAAGAAGCAUCCACAUACACCAUGGCCCUGUUCACUCAUGGAGAUCGACUGGAAGGCGAAAAUUUUCACACGUUUGUGCGUAAAAAUGCAAAACUGGUCAGUUUCAUCAAAACCUGCAGUGGACGAUACCAUGUGUUUAACAACAAAGAUAAGAAUCCAGAUCAGGUCAUUCAGUUGUUGGACCAGAUUGAUAAAUUGGUGACAGGAAACGGUGGGCAGUAUUACACCAGUGAGAUGCUUGAGAAGGUGGAGAGAGCGAUUGAGGAAGAGAAACAACGUAUACUGAAAGAGACAGAGGAGCGAAGACUGAAGGAGAUUGAAGUUCUGAGGAUGAAAUUUGAAGAUGAGUUCUUUGAGAAAGCAAAGGAAAAGUUAAAUAAGGAUUAUGAGGAGCAGGCAAGAUGGCAAGCUGAGAGAGAAACCUCCUUUAUAUGGGAAAUACUCAAUUACUUGAAGGAAAAAUUCGAAAAAAUGUCAGACAAGCUAAUUUCAAUGGCAGCAAUGGCUGCAAGUCGCUUUACUUUAUAAAAUAUAUGUAUGCAUUAGAUAAUAGACAGUGAUAAGUGCUACUCCAAAAUCAUUUCAAUUUAUGCCAAGUUGCAUUUGAACAAUAACUGCAUUGUGAUUUUGUGAAUAUGUAGCCAUAACAAAUUAGGAUUUAUGAUCCAUUACAAAAUGUUAGAUUUAUUUUUGUUAAUGCUACAAAGUAUACUUUUUUUCUCUUUAUUACCAUCCCUGUUUGAAAUAUAAAAUUACAAGUUACGAUUUAUAAGGAGAUGAGUUUUGAGCACAGAUUGCUUAUGUACUUGCUUAACUGAUUUUUGUCUAUUGUAAGAAAAAAAGUUAUGGAUUGAUGCUUUCAAAACAACAAAAUCUUUUGAAGGGUCUGUACAGUACACUGUAAAAAAAUCCACAGGCACAGUACUGUAAUUUAAUUUACAGGCAUUUAUUGUGAUCGCAGAAUACAGGAAA